UUUCCUUUCCACCCUCUCUCUCUCUCUCUCUCCUCUCUCCACACACACACACCCACACAGAACAACAACAACAAACAAUGCUUCGCACAGCUGCCUCUCGUUUGCUGGCCAACGUUACUGCCGCUCCAAAGCCUUUCUUGCCUGUGGUAAAUACACGAUCCACCCUUGCAUUCGAUCCAGUAUAACUGCAAAACCCCCCCACUGUGAUAAAUAACCGCCGGUUGUCAUCUACAAAUCUAUCUUAUAUCUAUAGCGUGCCUUCUCGUCCACCGCACCCUCCAUGAUGGCUUCGGCCGCCAGCGACUCGGAGACGCUUAAACUCACCCUUCCCGAGUCCUCGUUUGAAAUGUUCAAGGCUGACGCCCCCAGCCUCGACAUUGAAAUCAGCAAGGAAAAGCUGAUGGACAUGUACACAAAGAUGACUACCAUGCGUCGUAUGGAAAUGGCAGCCGAUGGUCUUUACAAGGCCAAGAAGAUUCGUGGUUUCUGUCACUUGUGCAAUGGCCAGGAAGCCGUGUCCGUUGGCAUGGAAGCAGCCUUGACGCUCCAGGACCACGUUAUCACUGCGUACCGUUGCCACGGUUUCACCUAUGUCCGUGGUGGCUCGAUCAAGAGCAUUUUGGCUGAAUUGAUGGGUCGUGCUGACGGUAUCUCCAAGGGCAAGGGUGGCUCUAUGCACAUGUUCUCGCCCUCCUUCUAUGGUGGUAACGGUAUCGUCGGUGCUCAGGUCCCUCUUGGUGCCGGUAUCGCCUUCACCCAAAAGUACCUCGACAUCCCCUCCGUCACUUUUGCCUUGUACGGUGAUGGUGCCUCUAACCAGGGUCAGGUCUUUGAAGCUUACAACAUGGCCAAGCUCUGGGACUUGCCCUGCGUCUUUGUUUGCGAGAACAACAAGUACGGUAUGGGUACUUCCGCCAAGCGUUCGUCUGCCUCGACCGAAUACUUUAAGCGUGGUGACUAUAUUCCUGGUAUCAAGGUCAACGGCAUGGAUGCAAUGGCUGUUUACCGUGCUGCUGAAUGGGCCAAGCAGUGGACCACCUCGGGCAAGGGUCCUCUUGUCAUGGAAUUGGAAACCUACAGAUACGGUGGUCACUCCAUGUCGGAUCCCGGCACCACCUACCGUACGCGUGAAGAAAUCCAGCACAUGCGCUCGACUUCCGACCCGAUCACCGGCAUGAAGAACUUGUUGAUUGACAACGGCGUUGCCACUGAGGCUGAUUUGAAGGCUAUCGACAAGGAGGCUCGCAAGAUUGUUGACCAGGCUUUGAAGGAGGCAGAGGCUUCGCCCGAGCCCGAGAUGAAGGAGUUCUUCACCCAAAUUUACGCCGAAGGUACCGAGCCCAAGAGCAUCCGUGGUCGUGAACCCGGUGAGAGCCACUACUAUUAAAUUUUAGAGAGUACAUAUAGUUUUAUUUCCUUUUUCCUUUCUUUUUCCUCUUUGCAUUUUUCCCCUCAAACCCCCCGUCUUUUUACGUUUCCUAUCGUCAAAUUUCGUAUAUCAAAAUAAUGUCAUUCGUAUCCCUACAACAAACAACACAUAUCUUCGCCAAAACUUCUACUACACACCACAUAAACCCUUAUUCACUUUUUCACAACUCACCCCAGAGAAAUAACCGCUAUGAGCUUUGUUGCUUUUUCAGUACUUGCUCACUUGUAAAUGUACAACUCUAUUAAAAGAUUGUUACUAGAUAAGGGUUCGCACAUCUUGUGUUUGGG